AGACUCCAUCACAGCUCCAUCAGACUUCAUCACAGCUCCAUCAGAGCUCCAUCAGACUCCAUCACAGCUCCAUCAGACUCCAUUACAUCUCCAUCAGACUCCAUCACAGCUCCACCAGACUCCAUCAGAGACUACAGUAACUGAAUAUAAAGAGGUUUGGCAGGGCUAUAUAAGAGGCUGAGGCUCCGGCUGCAGGCACAAGACACAGUGAGCGACUCUGAGCAUCACAGCAGCAGACCAGUGGACUUACCUCCAGAUACACUUCACAUCCAAGAGAAGAUGGGACUGCACAGCGUCGAGGAACUGGUGUCCGGGAAGAGGUCAGAGGGCAAAGAGGCGGCCGACUUCCAAGGGGGCGUGUACGAGGCGGCGGUGGAGCAGGAGAAGCAGGAUGACCGCAGGUCGCACAGGGAGGUGGGCGGAGCUCUGUCGGAGGAGAGCGACAGCGGCAGCGAGCAGGAGGAAGUCAGUGUGGCAGCUCUCAAUGUAAGAACACGUGGGAAACAGCAGCAGUGCAAUGAUGCUUAUCAGAUGGAUAAAAGCGGCAGGCUGAAGUUAGAGACGGUGGACGACCUGUUCAACAUCCUGCAGCUGACGAAGAGAAGACGGGAGAGGAAGACUCCUGUCAAGAGAAGACAGCCGGAGCCUGACAUCGUGCCAGAGACUGUGGACGAGCAGCUGUUUCUGACAGCAGCCAUGGAGAACAAAGUGCCAGUGGUGGAGAAGUACCUGAGUGAUGGAGGAAACCCCAACGCAGCCGACCACUUCCUGAGAACAGCUCUGCACAAAGCUUCCUUCAAAGGACACGUGGAGGUCAUGAAGAGACUCCUGGAGGCCGGAGCUGCCAUCGAGAGAAAAGACAAGCUGGAGGCCACAGCAGUGCACUGGGCCUGCAGAGGAGGCAGCCUGCCGGCGCUGCAGCUCCUCCUCGAGCAGGGAGCCAAGGUCACCUACAGAGACAAGUUGAACAGCACUCCCCUCCACGUGGCUGUGCGGACAGGACACUCUGAGUGUGCUGAGCAUCUCAUUCACUGUGGCGCAGACGUCAAUGCCAAAGACAGAGACGGAGACACGCCCAUGCACGAUGCCGUGAGAAUUAACAGAUUCAAGAUGAUCAAGCUGCUGAUGAUGUACGGGGCCGGUCUCAACACAAAGAACUGUGAUGGAAAAACUCCUCUGGAGACGCUGAACUCGUGGCAGAACGGCGCCAAGAGCCUCCUGUGCAGCUUCAGCCAGGAGAAGCCCCAACAGUAACACAUUCCAAAUAUUCAACAUGAGACUCAGUCAGAGGAUCUCACGGCUCAUCUGGACUAAGUGUUAGAAAAGAGAUUUUUCAAACACUUUCAUCUCAUUUCCAUGCAGUUCAUGAAGCAAACAUGUCUUUUAUUUUUUUAUAUUUGUUAUUCCAGCUGUGCCGAGUGUUCACGCCACAUUCAAACUGUCUCACCUGUUGACUGACAGACAUCAACACCUUCAGGAAAUGACAGUUGGCUUUUAUUAAUUAAAUCUGAAGUUUGCUCAGACAGGCCGUCUGCGUGUUGGAACAAUGGAGCAGGAGUGAUUACCUUGUUUUAGUUUUUGAACUGGCAACCUUCCAGGCUCAUACCUGAAGGUUACUGGCGGGGACACGUUCUCUCAGCGCAGCAGGAACCUUUAAACAACAAUGUGCGUUGUUAAUGUGAUUG